AAAAGACAACCAUUUAGCCCAGUUUAGUAUCAAUUUUAAAUUGUCCAUCAAAAAACACACACACCAAACCUAAACAAAAUGUUCAAAUUCAUCGCUGUUUGCUUUUUUGCCGCCUUGGCUGUUGUUGCUGCUAAACCCGGAGUUGUAGCUCCUUUGGCUUACAGCGCUGCUCCUUUGGCCUACUCUGCACCUUUGGCUUAUUCAGCUCCUCUGGCUUAUACCGCACCUGCCGCCGCUGUUGUUGGAAGCGCAUCCUAUGUUACUCCCUAUGCCUCCAGUUACAAUGCCCAUCACAUUGCCCACUCUGCGCCACUUCCUGCCGCCUAUGCUGCUGCUCCAGUUGUACAUGCUGCUGCCCCCGUAGCAACACCCUUCGCCGCCCCUCUCUUGUUGAAAAAGUAA